AUCACAACUGCUUUUAAACGCCACCUUUAAGAGGUUUGCAAAUAUAAAACAGAUCUCGACUCGUAUGAUUGUAAUUGCAUUACUAAUCAUCAGUCCGUAUCAUAUUUGAAAACUUGAGUGGACUCAGGAUGAAAUACAGAGCAGGUUUUCUGAUGGUGCUGUGGGCCUGGAUGGCGGUUCUAAUGCAAAGCUUGGAUGCAGGACAUGGGGCUAAGAAACAUGCUGCUGCUGUUUCAUGCAGACCGAAAGAGCGGACGGCCCUGACCAAAAGUGUAGUUGAAGCGGCCUUGGCAGGUUUUGAGAAAGCCAAUGGGGAGCACCUUGGUACUUGGCCCCCUGGCUUCCCUGAGCUCCAGGUCCACCAUGUCCAUGGGUCAAAAGUUCAGUGCAGCCUCCUCUUCAUGUCUCAAGGCUUGGAGAAAGUCCUGGAGGACCAGAAGAACAACAUGAAUCCCAAAGAUGGUUCCCUUCACAAGACGCUCAGGAACGCCAUCUCCGGGGUCCACAUGCUUGCAGCGUGUGCAAAGUAUAUUCUCGGAGGGGAAUGCUCCCCGAAGCCACCCCCACCCAAUAUGCCCAAGGAUGCGUUUGAGAGAAAGCAGUGGAGUCACACUCUGUUGAAGACAGCCAAGGACUAUCUGAGGUGGCUGGAGAGUAAGUUUGAGGUCCAAAUUUCAAAGGAAAAUGGGAAAAAUAAGGGAAAACGUAAAGCCCUUGAGGCAAAACAUCAGUACUUGGAGGGGAUUGGAUACCUCUUGUAAUCCAAGUUUGUGAUGCAGAUUGCAGUUUAUGGCAGCUUUUCUUUAAUGGUUUAAGAUUUUACCAAGAUAUUUUUAAUGCUUAUUAUAGUUAUUACUAUACUAUUAUUUUUAUUAUAUGUGUACAGCAUGUUAACAUGUUUUUGAGACAUUUGAAAAUUGGGUCCUGCUUUUCAUACUUUAAUUUGAAUAAAUAGAUGAAGUUGAAGUUUUCCACAUGGUCUUAAGCAGAUGAAAAAACGAUUAAAUCAGUUUUAUAUAACGGUUUAUAAAAGUUGUAUGGAAUUUUGGAAAGUAGGCAUAUUUGUUUAUUGCUGAGAGAUCAGGAGAUCAAUACCACUCUCGUGUCUAAGGGUUGUAUCAAUUUCCUCAUCAAACUCAGCAAGGAAGCAACAUUUUAUUAUAUAUCCCAAAAUGUCAAACUAUUCCUCUGAAAAUUAUAUCAAAUUUUGCUGUUCCAAUAAACCUCCUAGUUUUCAGCAACUGACAUCGUUCCCAUGUGACUGUAAUUAAUCAAGUUGCCAAAGAGGCGAAUUAAAAGGCGCUCUAAUACAAUUCCUAAUUACGUGUUUGUUCUCUCAGCCUUCAAAAUGAUUAAUUGUUAGGCUUUGGCCAUCUAUCCCUUGUGUGCAAGCUACGUUGCCUGAGGUAGAAGGAGAAGCUGAUAAGAAUCACCUUCCCAGAAAGCCACCAGUUUGGACUCCAAUCACUCGAUUGAAAUUUGUGGACAGAUGGACAGUGCACAGCGAGGCAGAUACGUCUGUCAAACUCCCAUCAAAGCAAUGCAAGACAACAACUCUGUAACAAAGAUUAAUAUGGGCCUCGCCCUCCUCAAAUUAGGUGAUCAAUUAAUAUUCAAUUAGAAGUUCCGAUGUUUGUGGCUCUGAAGGAGCUUCAAAUGAGUAUACAUGUUAAAAAUUAGCAUUUUAUGUUUUAACUAAACAACUUUUUGAAUGCUGUCUGUAUUAUUUGUUUGUUCCAUUGGUAUAAUGUUCAUUUCUGGCUAAUUAAAUAAAAGGAAUGCUUGCAGUACUAU